AUGCCAAAAGCUAAUUCACCUAAAGCAGAAAGAGCUGUUGAAAAUCAAACAGAAGAUGAACAAGAACAACGACUUGCUUAUAAUAAAGAUGUUCAAACUAUAGAAAUCAUAAAUCCAUUUGUUCGUUGGCAUCAACAUUGGUAUCGAAGUAAAGCUGUUGAUCCAUCUCCCACUGUUGGUAUUUAUUAUACUUCAUUUACUAUGACUCUUAAACCUUAG